AGUUCAAUUGUACACAUUUUAUACCCGUUUUUCUUAGACGUUUGACGCAUUUGUACUCUGUGAGUUGUGGUUUUACGCCAGGUUGCACUUUGUUUUAGUAUGUUUCAUAUCCUAGCAGGUGAAACUGACUGGAAAUCGAAAGUGGGACGAAAACAAGCAAAAAUGAGUUAAAGGGAGGAAGCAGCUGAGGAUCACGGCAGAAGCUGAGUUUUCACGGUAAGGUCACCCAAACCGUGAAGCCUAAAUUUCAGAAGCAAAUUGCACACCUCCUUGGAGUCCAACCAGUUCACGGUCGCUAAAACCAUGAACAAAAGCCCAAGACCGUGAAGCGCCAAGAGUCCCGAAGCGGAUUGCACACCUCACUGGAUCCUAGUCGGCUCAUGGUCGCUCAGAUUGUGAACCAAAGUCCCAGACCUUGUAGUGCCAAGAGUCGAAAAGCGGAUUGAGUACCUCACUGGAUCCCAGUCAGUUCAAUGUCGCAAGAUCGUGAACUCAACCCCUAGACCGUGAACAAACUAAGUUAAACAGUGCAGAUUUUCUUGGCAUCUUAGUCUGGGAAGGAUGUUCACGACUGUGAACUGGGAUGUGAACUGACUUCGACCUAGGUAUAAAAGGAGGGCUGAGCUGAAGGAAAAAGAGGGAGAGACCUAGUGUGAGAAACUUCUUCUUCUCCAGCUUUCUAAAGAGAGAAAUUGACGAACCAAAGAAGAGAAGAGCUUAGGGUUUCAACUCCAAGGUUUUGGGAAUUUAUUCCCCAAAGGAGGAUCUUAUGCUACUUUACGCUAGGUAGAGGGGAAUCUCCUUUGAGUAGAGGCUUGUAAAAGCUGGAUUUCCUUAGGCAAUCUUUGUCUCCUACUUAGGUUAAAUUAGGGAAAACCUCUUAAUUCGUAUCAUCACCUAUGGUUGGUUGAAAUUUGGCCGCCCGAACUCCAAUUUGAGGGUGAAUUCUAGGCAAUCGUUGGUUGAUAGGUCAAGAGAGCUACUUUGGUAGCAUGAAUCGGAAUACCUUGUCCUAUUGACCGAGAGAGUGGCGUUUGUUAACUAUUUGCACUCCCCAACGGGUUACAACCGCUUUUUCCACACCUAGAAAUUCGAUCUGACAAGUCAUUAUUGUUAGCUAAGGGGAGCAACACCAGGGUGAAGCCUUCUCAAUUAGUGUCCUAUCCAUUUACUUUUUCGAAUGUUUUAGUUAUAGAUCGUUAUUUUCACCAAAAACCAUUUGCUAGAUAAUGUUUCCGACAAUCGAAGUAGGGGUACAUGGUCCGGCUCGGAUUGAUAUUUAAACAUACUUGCCUUAUAUUGCACCCGGUUAAGGUUUAUACUUGGGCCUUAAUUGAGAUUUUUAUUGUGAUAUUCGGGACGAGUCAAGUUUUUGGCACCGUUGCCGGGGAACUUCCGGUCCGUUAUUUCUAAAAUAUUGUUUUCGUGUGAGUGAAUCUUGCUUGUGUUUGGCGAGUUGUGGUUAUUUUGAGUGUGUGCAGAAGGGUGUAUGAACCGGAGUAAUCUGACACCUUUGGUGCCACUAGAUGAGAAUCUCAAACACAUUCUCCAACUCUUGGCUCGUGAGAGGGAACUAGCUGAAGCAAGAAGAAGGACAGAGGAGAGGGGACAGCCACAAUUUGGCCCAAAGUUGAAGGAUUUGUAGUUGAGGAAGAAUUUUAAUCCGAAGAAGAAGGAAGUAAAGACGAGAUGUCGUCUAAUCAAGAAUCUCAAGCGGGAGCUGCGGAGCAACCGAAGACCAUUGGAUACUAAAUGGCUCCACGAGCGGCGGAUAUUCAGCCUACCAUUUUACAUCCGCCCGUGGUCGCCAACAAUUUUGAGAUCAAGCCCGGCCUCGUCACUAUGAUCCAAAAUAAUGUGCAAUUCCAUGGGCUUAGAGAUGAGUCUCCGAGGGAUCAUGUUCAGAGGUUUAUCGAGAUCGCGGGAAGUUUGAAGAUAAAUGGGGUGCCCAAAGAUGCUUUGAAGUUGAGGUCAUUCCCCUAUUCUCUUGCGGGUUUAUCGAGACCACCCCUCUCGAUUACAUCAUGGGACGAUUUGCUCAACAAGUUCAUGACCCAAUAUUGCCCAUCUUCCAAGACGUCGGAGAGGCGCAAGAAGAUGGCCCAUUUCGAACAAAGAGGAUGAUGAGACAUUGAGAGAUGCAUGGGAGAGGUAUUCAGACUUCUUCCUCCCAUGCCCACAUCAUGGAUUUGAAGAACAGUUUCGGAUUGAGACCUUCUAUGGUGGUCGCCUCCAAGAUGACAAGAUCCUCAUUGACUCUCUAUGUCAAGAGAAAUUGAUGAAUAUGACUCAACCCCAGGUAACCCAAAUGCUUGAAUAUAUGGCGACAAAAGGGUACGAUUGGGGCUUGACAAGAAGUGGUAGAAGGGAUAUUGAGAUGGAGUACGUUCGGUGGAAGCAAGUCCUCCGCUUGUCGCUAAGAUUAAACGUUUGAUUGAUGCUCUCCUUGAAGAUAAGAAGCAAAGGAAGAAGCCGUUGAUGGUGUGAGAUUGGUGUUCGAGUACCAACCAUGAGAUUUCGGAGUGCCAAUUGAUGAAAGUAUCAAGCACCCCUGAGGAAUAAGCGAGCUUCAUCGCU